CGUUGCAAAACAUGAAGCUCUCCAUCGGAGGAUGGGAAUGGAAGAAGAAAGAAGGGACCUACAAGAAGGAAGUGUCAAACAAGGAAGGAAACAAACUCACCAACACAUCGUCAGCCACCGAAAGAAUUCUAGAGAGAAAUAGCAUUAUACAAUGAGCUUCUUCUGGACUUCCUCGAUCACAAACGAACCUGAGAAUUCCUUGGAUACCGGUGUCACUGUCAGCAAUUCGAGACCAUCGUCAUCGCUGCAACAGCAGAACAAGAAUAUAAAGGAACGAUUUGGAGGAAUCGAGACAGAAUCCCGUCAAGUUCCAUUCUUGCCUGACGAAAACUUGACUAUUGAAUCAAUAUACGACUUUUAUGUGCAUACACUAUUCCCUGCUGUGAUGAGUUCUUUGCCUUUAUUGGGUCGUCGCCUUUUCCAUGACACGCAAUCGGUACUUCAUGAUAGUUUUCAACGUUUUGUAAACUUUAUUCUUCCGGACUAUUGGACGUCUUCCUCCUCAUACUCACAUCCGCAGCUACCAAGCUUUCGGCGGAUUUGGGAAGAAAACGCCGCUGACCUGUCCGUUUCCGACUUUUUGCUCCGACAUUUCGAUACCAACCACGACGGCAAGAUAUCUCCCGAGGAACUCUUUCACGUGGACGAGAUGCUACUCUCUCGCAUACUACCUCGCUCAGACGAAAGUUGGUGGAGCUGGUUCUCCCGCGAAUGGCCCCUGUUGGAUUGGAAAGUGGGACUUUUCUUGUGGCGCACUUUUGGUGGCGUGCUCUUAACCCUGGCCGUUUUAUCGAUUGUACCGGGACGGUUGCAUGGCUGGUCGGCUCGUGUCUUGCGAUGGCCCAUUCUCGGACUCACUUACUUUCUCAUCGCCGUUGAACUUAUGGUCUAUAUCGUAAUUCGCAUUUUCAUUCGGAUUGCCGAAUACAUAAUCGCACGGCCCAAGCAUCGAGCACUGCGCCAACAAAUGGCUAAAUCCCAGUCCUAUGAAGAGUGGUACGGCUACGCAGAAGAUUUGGACAGAUCACAGAAACGAGAUGUAUGGAUUCGACGAAUCAAAGAUCAAACAUCUUUUCACUACAAUUGGAGCUUUGUUCAGGACCUCAUUCGGGAUUUGCGUAACGCUCGCGAGCAAGGCGACUCCAUACUAGCGCUUGCCGUUAUUCAACAAUGCACGCGGAAAAAUGUAGGCGGUAUUAUGAGCGAAGAUUUAUUUUCAUAUACGAAUACGGGGGAACCGAAAGCAGUCGUACGGGAGUUCAUCGAGGAAGCUGUCCAAACCUUGCACUGGCUCACUGAUGAAGCAUUGCAUAUUCCAGUAGAUGAUUCCGCACAACAGCAAAGCAACGAAAAACGCACCUAUGAAGAGCAAAUGGAAGAAACUGUUCAAGCCGAAAAGGACAAAAUAUGGAAAUCAUUGACCAAUUUGUUUGGUAAUGGCGAAGAUGGAAAACAAAAUGACGAUGUCAAGACGAAAGAUGGAAAUGAAACGCAUUCGCCGGAAUCCGCCCCCCACCAAGACAUAGAAAGUCGGACGGAUAAUCCUUUGCCAUCCUUUCACCGACAAGAGGUUUUAACGUUUUUGAAGCGGGCUCGAGCAGCUUACGGUCGAACCGCUUUGUGCCUGAGCGGUGGAGCGAUGAUGGGAGUUUAUCAUUUUGGACACGUUCGGGCUCUACUGGAAACUGGUUCUCUGCCCAAUAUUAUUUCAGGAACUAGCGCAGGAAGCAUUAUUGGUGCGAUUUUGUGCACCAGGAAGGACGAUGAAUUGGAUCGUGAUUUACGCCCAGAAAUUUUAGUACAUAAGCUUACGUGCUUUUCGCGUCCUUGGAGGGAGAGGAUCUCUAGCCUUGUCAAAACCGGGAGCAUGUUUGAUGUCGAUGAAUGGUUGGAGCUACUGAAAUGGUUUUGUCGGGGUGAUAUGACAUUUGCUGAAGCAUAUCGUUUGACAGGGCGCGUUUUUUGUAUUACUCUAUCCCCUACUACGAAGAAGGCGCCGCCGGUGUUGAUAAAUUAUUUGUCUGCGCCCAACGUUACGAUAGCCUCUGCUGUCGUAGCGAGUGCAGCUGUACCUGGGUUUGUUGCGCCUGUUCGCUUGCGUAUCAAGGACACCAAUGGCGUAGUUCAGAGAGGCGGAGCAAAGGACGAAGCAUACUUUGAUGGAUCGAUCAAACAAGACAUUCCGACUACAGGAUUAGCGGAGAUGCUCAAUUGCCAGUUUUUUGUCACGGCUCAAUGCAAUCCACAUAUUGUUCCAAUGUUUUACAACAGUAAAGGCGGAGUUGGGCGUCCCAGCCGAUGGUCCAGUGGAGCACAAGAAGAUUCCUGGAGAGGCGGGUUCCUACUGGCCGCGUUGGAGAUGUAUCUCAAGAAUGACAUGAAAGCCAAGUUUGUUUUUCUUCGUGAUCUAGAGGCGGCUGUUGGCUUUACAUCGGAGCUACUGACGCAAGACUUUGUAGGCACGACAACCAUCGUACCUCAAGUUUCCUUUAAGGAUUAUUUCGGACUCUUUGAGAAUCCGUCUUUGGAGCAACUCCAGCGGUGCUGUCAUGCAGGAUCUGUUGCUGCGUACGAACAUACUGUUAUGAUCCAGAUGCAUUACAGCAUUUCGGAUGCACUGGAGGAAUGCAUUGCAAAGCUUGAAACCAAUAAGCGCAAAGUACAUAUUCGGCGACGUACAAAGCUAGGAUCGGCGAGUAUGACGAGAGGCGAUCCAAAGGGAGGGGUCGUGGAGGAAUCAACGGAAGCGCGAAUCCAGCCAACAGUGGAAAAUACCCAGACGUUUCUGGUCGGUGGGUUGACAUCAGACGGACUGAAAGUACGUACAGCGUUCAAUGAAUCAUCGGAUGAUACAGAUCGAGAAUCGGAGUACGAUGAGUUCGAAGCUGAUUGGACGGACCUUAAGUAAAAAUUGCAUCGGCUUUAAAAUACAAAGAAAGUUGAACUGUU